UGAAGGCCCUCUUUCCUGCACCCCAGCUUUGACCUCUGAGCUGAGGCCUCUGAUCUCCAGGACAUGGCAGGCUCCACCACCGUCAUCGCCAGCCUUCUUCUCCUGGUAGCUUGCAUGGGCUACAUCUUCCCUACAGACUCUGCGACCAUCCCCUCUUCUUGCUGCAUGUCCUUUGUUUCCAAGAAAAUUCCACGACACCGAGUGGUUAGCUACCAGUUGGCCAAUGGCAGCGUCUGCCCCAAGGCAGGGGUGAUCUUCAUCACCAAGAAAGGGCAAAAGUUCUGUGCUGACCCCAAGUUGCCCUGGGUCCAGAAGUACAUAAAGAACCUGGAUGCCAAGAAAAAGCCACCCUCUUCGCGUGUCAAAGCCCUGGGCACCAGGUUUUCCAUCCAGAGUCUCCGUGGCAAUAGCACGGAGGUUUAGCUGCUUCUCCUCUGCCCCUGAACUUGGACAUCGGUCCUGACUCCUUGGCAAGCUGCUUUGGGCUUGGCACACCAGCUGGGACGAGGCCUGAGUUCAUUCUCCCACUCUCAGCGUUUCUUUGGGGGAAUGUGUUUAUUUUUAUUUUUUUAUUUUUUUUUUCUGUGAGAAACUGAGGGAGUUCCGAGCAUGCCAGAGUUCUGGUGUUUCCUGUGCUGAACGAGAAGGUUUUAGAAGAACGGCAUUCUGCAUUUUCCUCUCGCGUGGCUCCAAGGCUUCAUCAGAGCCCAGGUGCAUAAAACCAGGGUACCUGCAGGUGUAGCUUGUUUGCAGCUGGCUUCGAUGGGGUCCUGGUCUUGGGGUGGGGCUUGGGGGCUGGCUGGCUGUCCGCCUGUGGGUGAAGCUCUGUCAACAGUAGU